AUGCCUGACCUGUCCAUUUCGGACAACGCGCGGCUCAUUGUCGGUGCUGUGACUUGCCUUGGCGUAGUAAUAGGAGUAAUUGCUCUUCCUCAAUCGAAGAAUGGCCUUCCUCUUCCACCCUCCCCUUUCACUUUGAGACCUUGGGGACACUUCCUUCCGCCUCGCAAGUCAUUUCUUACCAUAGCGAGUUGGAUUAAUGAGUAUGGUCCUUUGAUCAGUCUUCGGUCUGGGCUCGGAAAAGUCGUGAUUAUUGGCCGUUACAAGGCCGCCAUGGAUAUUAUGGAGAAUCAGGGCGGAACUCUCGCUGACCGUCCUCGCAUGAUUGCUGCUGGAGAAUUAUUUGGCGGCGGAUUGAAUAUCGCCUACACACCAUUUGGGGACAGAUUCCGUCGGAUGCGUAGAGCCCUUCAUACGCAUUUCCAGCCUAAAGCAGCUGGGGCUUAUCAGCCCCUGCAGAUGUCGAACGUGAAGGAUCUGAUUUUUGAUAUCCUCGAUGAUCCACACAACUUUCAGAACCAUGUGAUGAGUUAUGGUGCGAUGGUAAUUACGAAAGUUACCUACGGUAACACUGCGCCCACGUCUGCGACCGAUCCCCGAGUUAUCGAGAUGCGCCAGCUCAGGCAGUUAAUUGACAGAGCCCUGCGCCCUGAUGCUUUCUACCUUGUGGACUCGAUUCCGUGGCUCAAACACAUUCCUUGGUAUGGCCGAGAAUUGAAACAGGGGUUUGAGAGGAGCAAGCGACUUAACAUAGGUCAGCUGAACCGAGUAAAAGAGCGAAUGAAAACGGCGACUGACCAUGGCCUGACAGAAGACGAGGCGGCUUUUCUUGGUGGUUCAUUGUUCAGAGCUGGAACCAACACAACUACCUCAGUAAUAUGCACGGUGCUCAUGGCAGCCGCAUGUUUCCCAGAUGAGCAAGUUAAAGUUCAAGCCGAGCUCGAUGCGGUCGUCGGCAGACAUCAAGCACCGACAUUCGCCGACCAACAAUCCCUCACUCGUCUGCAUGCCUUCAUCUCUGAGGCUGUCAGAUGGAGACCGGUUGCUCCUAAUGUCACUGCAGGAUUUCCCCACCGAACAACCAAAGACGUAAUUUGGGAAAACCAUUGUAUUCCAGCUGGGACUACGGUAUUCGGUAACUCUUGGUCCAUAUGUCGAGAUCCAGAAGUCUUUCCCGACCCAGAAGUGUUCAAACCUCAACGCUGGAUUGACGACCAAGGUCUUCUGAAAGACGACCUAACCAAUUUUCUCUAUGGGUUUGGUCGGCGCGUGUGCCCCGGACAACAUGUCGCGAACAGAACAGUGUUCAUAAGCGCGGUCCUGAUUCUUUGGGCCUUUCAGCUCACCCUGGAUCCUGCACAGCCGCUGGAUGACAUGGGAUUCAUGAACACAGAGAAAGCCCACCGGCCACUUACAUACCGACCGUGCACCAUCGACUUCAAGACGAGAAUCCCGGAAGCAGAGCUCAGGCAGAUGAUGCAGAAUUAUCCUGAAGCUGUGAGAAUGUAUGGGACCGAUCACCAUUAG